UUUUUAAUGGAAUGAAACAGCCUGGUCUGAGGAUAAGCUGACAGGGCUGGCCAAGUGCUCCAUAUUUGGGUUACACACUCACACACAUACAUUCACACACACACACACGUACGCACGCCUUUACACACAUACGCACGCACACACACACGCGGGAGGUGGGAACACAGAGGGAGAAAGAGAGAUUAGCUCGGCUGCAGCAGACGCCGUCGUGCUAGUGGAGGCGAAGCGGGCACAGGGAGCGGGGAGCCGGCAUCAGCAGUCACUUCCGUGCACAUCCGGCGCACAGGAAUGGUGAGAACAGCUGGAGCCAGGAAGACACAGAUGUGGACAAAUAAAGUGGCACUUGCAGACAGUCCCAUCGCAAUCCAGCACAAGAGAGAUUUAUACAGACCUGCUAUACAGAUAGCUGGACCCUGAGCUUUCCCUGAACAGCUACGUGGUCAUCUGGACGCAGUCUACUCAUCUCAUCUUUCUGGGCCGAGCUGAAAACCUGAGGACACGUGCUGUGCUGGGAUUGUAAGAACUCCCAUGGGCCACUUCACACACUGAUGCACUGGAGGGAGAACACAGGAGCUGAACCUGAAUGAGGUUUCUGCUGCAGUCUGGAGGCUUGCUGUCAGAGAGAAAUGAUUCCGCAUGAAUCGUCGCAAGCGCUCUCUCUCAGCAGGCAUGUGUUCUGUUGCUUUCGAUUGAGAUCAGUGUCCAUCCAGCCCUAAGCACAGAAAAAAAGCUCCCAUCACCUCAGUCUUCUCUCUACACCAUAACACCAGCCUUAUAGCAGGUGGCAUAAGCAGAAUAUAAGAGAGAAGUGCAGAGGAAAAGAGUGUUAAAGACAGAUAAAGCAAAAAGAAACCAACUUGAAGAGAUACAGCAGGAUACAUUCAUCAUGAAGUCAAACCAUGAACGAAGCAAUGAGUGUUUACCCCCAAAGAAACGGGAAAUUCCAGCAUGUACCCUUCCCUCUGAGGAUAGGCCUAUGGUAAUGGCGCCUGCCAGCGAGAGCCAGCGAGGAGGGAACCUUGCUUGGCUUGCCAGCAUGGCCAGCAGCCAUGAGAGCAACAAGCAGCGCACCAGCAGCUCAGCCGAAGCCGGCGGUCCUCAUUCUAAACCAACAGUGUCCACUGUCGAGUCCACUCGUGCACUACUAACUGCAGCAUCUACAAUACCCACGGUGUGUACUUCACCACUUUCUCAACAGGCGGGCACCAUCCAGUACUCUCCCAUGCCACCCAACUUGCACUUUAUCAGCCCCCCAUAUGCAUCUCCCUAUGCUAGCUAUAUUUCUCCCCUUGUGCCCCCUGCAGCCACCACCACCACGUCCUCCCAUCGACACACUGAAGCCUACACUGGCACUACAAAUUCUCUAGCAUCCAAACCAGAUCCAGUCAUUUCCACUUCAGACUGCAUACCUCAACCCCAUUCCACCCAAUUUGUUCAAAUUUCCAGUUCCCAACUCAGUGUAGUGCCUUGUACUGCAUCCUCACCCCAAAGCCAUCUUCCUCUUCACCUACAACAGUCACUAGCUCUAAGUGGGUCCUCUCAGCUCCUACUUCACUACUCCGAAACACCCAUGCUUAAAAAGGAAGAUAGCAGACCUAGGGAGAUGCUAAACGGUGAGCAGGAAAGGGGCCGUCGCUUUAACCAGCCUUCAGAAUCCAAGGUCAGCAGCUUAGCAAAAGGGUCUUUAUCCACCCAGCACCACCACAUCCACCAGCGAGACCACUAUGACAACCGGCACAUGACAAUUCCACCAGAGUAUGCACAGGAAAACACCAAUUUGAGGAACUCUUUAGUUUUAGUUCCCAACAGUCACAACCACAGCAGUGCUGAUCCAGGGGGAAAUCUAGACAAACUGCCUCCCCCUCUGGCCCCAGUUGAAAAAGGAGGUAUCUGCGCAGGCAAACCAGUUUCCCGCACUCCUUCCAGUACGUCUCUUCCAUUUCCACCUCCCUCUUUACCUGUGGAUGGUCUAAAGGCAGCAGUUACUACACUAUCACCCCAUGCAGUUAUCCACACCACACAUAGUGCAACUGAGCCACUGUCCCUUGGCCUCACGUCCACAAACUUCUACCAUGCCCAUCAGCCAAUUAUUGGGUACAUUGCAGGUGCAGGGCAGCCACAGUCUUUUAGUUACCACACCAGCCUGCCUCCACACCUGCUUAUCCCAGGAACCCAGCCUGUUAUUAUCCCGGUAAGUGGAGCAGAAGCUCCCGCCACGUCUACAGCACCAACUUUCGCUGCAGCACUGCCCCAUGCAUUUGUGACCUCAGCAGCACCCAAAGGCGAGUCCUUUGAGACACCAGCCUCCUACCCCCACCCGACAGGUGCUGUGGUUCAGGCCCAACUGCACUUGCCUAUCCUGCCGACUUGUGCUAGCCUGCCAGCUACUCCGCCUAUUCCUUCCACUCCUUCUCUACCACCCUAUUUUACCAAGGGUUCCAUCAUUCAACUAGCUGAUGGGGAGUUGAAACGCGUAGAGGACCUAAAAACAGAGGACUUCCUUCAGAGUGCAGAAAUCAGCAGUGAAUUGAAGAUUGACUCUAGUACUGUGGAGCGCAUCGACAGCAGCCAUACACCUAACUCUGCUAUUAUCCAAUUUGCAGUGGGAGAGCAUCGUUCACAGGUGAACGUGGAGGUGCUGGUGGAGUACCCUUUCUUUGUGUUCGGUCAGGGCUGGUCAUCUUGCUGUCCGGACCGGACCACUCAGCUGUUGGAACUGCCUUGCGCUCGGCUAGCGGUGGGCGAUGUUUGCAUUUCCCUCACUCUCAAGAACUUGAAAAAUGGCUCUUUAAAAAAGAACCAGGGGCAGAUUUCAGAUGCUACCAGUCUCGGGCCACCUCUUAAACCACCUUUUAAAGCACCCUCAGGAGUGACACGCAGGGCAGCACGGCACACAGAGCAGGAGAAUGGACUGGCCCAGUGUGGCAGACAGGGAGGUGUGAGCUCCCAGACAAGCAAAGAAAAUGGAGAACUAGGUGUCUGUGAGAAAGGAGCCUGGAAAAUCCCACUAUCCUCAGAAUCUAUCAGUAAACCUGCAGGCCGAAAGCGGAGAUGGUCAGCCCCAGAAGGUCGUAAAGUCGAGAAGCCUGAAGAGGAACCGCCCUCAACUCUUCCCAGGUCUUCAUUUAUCUCUCAGGAGGUCAAAAUCAGCAUUGAAGGCAGAUCGAAUAUUGGCAAAUGAAAGCCGAUUUGGACUUGUUUGUUGUUUUAUUUGAAUUGAAUGAAAAAAUAACCGUCAUAAUGUUCUUUCUUUCUUUUUUUUUUUUCAGAAUAUUGCUUUUUUUUUUAUAAUUUCAAAAUUGAAUUCUCUAAAUGUUUUUAUCCAGAUUAUUGUACUGUAGGCUAAAUCAAUUCACCGUAUACGCAUCAGCGUAUGAGUAGUGAUAUAACUGAAUAGGUGCAUUGAAUAUAUACAACCAAUUAGCGCAAAGGAUUUUUGUUCGGGACGACAAAGUUGUUCAUGUGGGAUUUCUGAGACCCCUGGGGUACAAAAUGUGUGAUCUCAGCUUUAGCUCCUUGCAUCCUAUUAUGACAUAUAAGAGUAUUUCACGUCACCCUAAACUUAACAAAAAUAUAUUUUAAAUGAACGAAUAGUGCGUUUUGCUGCCUUUAAAAUAAAAAAGGGGUAAAUCUGAGAUGACAGGCUUUGAUUGAAACAUUAAAUAUAAUAGCUAAUAUAAGCUAAUAUGCAAAUGAAGCCCAUGAAGCACUUGUUUAACAGGGGAAGUGAAUGGGUCUGGGUAUGCUUGUAGUAUCUCAAAUUUGGAUAUUCACAAAUCUGAAUAUUUUGAUAUUUAAAAAAUAAAAUGUAGGGGGGUAGGGGGUGAUUAAAUUACACCUGCUAAAGCAGCAAUUGAUGCUUAUGGUGAAGUAGUCCCAGUCCCAGCUCCAUGCAUGUGUAAGCUUAAAAAAGAAGGUUCAGCAUGGGGUGACAUUGCUCAGGGAGGCAGGACGGAAACCGCUCCUCCACUGGCUGCAGGAGUUUACAUAAUGUCAUCCAUCCUGCUCAAGCAGUCUCAUCUGACAUUUAGACAUAGACAACAGACAAUCUGAAGUCCAUCGCAAAUAAAAUUGAUGGUUUAGGUUCUUGGGGGUUUUAUCACCUUUUGUAUUCUACUUUUAGCAGAAAGAAGAUCAACCAAAUGCUAAACUAUAUAAGAUGAAUGAGAGAGAUCAAGCAAUGUCAUAAAGUGGUGCCAGUUGUUGCUCUUUAGUAAAGAAACUAAAAGAAUUGAAAUGGAUAGCGGAGUUUGCUUUUAUAUUUUCACCUUCGAACCUUUUUUUUUGUUUGUUUGUUUUUAUUUCCUUUUUUUUCGAUGAAUGAAUUGCAAUCAGAGGUCACUUUCAGUCAUGUAGGAUGGAUUUUUGUCUAUGUAUACAUUUGGAUCGUUGAAAUAUUUUUAGCAUAAACGGAGACAUUUGCUUUCUAUUUUUUAGUUAAGAGUUUAGGAUUGAAGAGGAAGACAUGAAAAGUGAAAGGACGUCACCUGAGGAAGAGGAGAUGGAGGGACAGGUUAUCAAAGCAUUUAACACACCUGUCACACUCACCAGCUGAUAGAUAGUCUAAUCAAUUUAUUUAGUGUAUUAUUAUUAUUAUUAUUAUUAUUAUUAUUAUUAUUAUACAUCAUGAAAUGAACACAGUACUGUACAGCAUGUUGUAUGUGAGUGAUGGUGGAAUGUAGAAUGUAGCGUUCGGUGGAAGAGUCAGUUCACCCUAAUUCGGGGGUCUUGAUCUGUGAAAGAAUGAAUGUAAAAGGAUAACGUGAGGUGGAACAGUAAGCAGAGAAUACAGGAGAAUAGCAUUUGUUCCGAGGAAGCACUUUGUUUUUUGUUUUUUUUUCGCUCAGAGCUCAGCCUCCUCAGUAAAGGCCUAGACAGCAACAGCGGCUUUUUGAAUUGUAGCGUAGGCAGAGCUGUUGAAACAACUGCCAUUUUCCUGAAUAAAGAGAAGUGGGGCUCGAUGCGAAAGGUCAUGAGACUGUCCGAGUGAAUGGCGUGUGAAGCUUGAAAAAAGCGCACGUGAGUGACUCUGGAUGCAGAAAUCUUCGUCGGGGUGGGGGUGGGGGGUGGUCGGUUAAGGGGGUUUCAAGGAUGUCUUAUACAUAUGUUUGUGGAGCGUGCAUGCAUGUAUGUAUUUGGUAUGCACAAGUGUGCACACAAACACACAUCCACUUUUCACUUAUAUUAAUGUGUUAUAUGUGUUUUCCUGUACAUGCACAUGUAUAGAAAUGCAUAGUCUGUAUCUUGCCUCAGUGCAAGCAGAUAGGGUGUGUGGGAAUGUGUGCAUACUGAGUAUGUGUGUGCGUGUCUGUCAUAUAUUUGUAUGAAUGUUUUGUGUGUAUGCAAACACACUCUG